AUGGCCGCAUCCAGCCGCUCUCUCGGUAUACCACGAAAAGAAUCCUUGCGACAAAGAGUGAAUUACACCCAGAGCCAAAGGACUAUCCUCCAGGAAUGGUAUGAACGCAACCCAUAUCCUGAUGCAGGUAUCCUGAACCAACUGGCCGAAACUAUUGAUGUUCCAGUACCUAAAAUAAAGAAUUGGUUUAGCAACCACAGAAUGAAACAGAAAAUCUUGGAGCAAGACCACUCUGAAGUCAGACCUCACCAAUUGUCCUUCACAAGAGCUCAAGAGGACUUCCUAAGCAAGGCCUUCAAGAAGAACAGGCUCCCUGACCGUGCUACCAGGACAAAAAUGGCUAUAAGACUAGGCAUCAAGGAGGCAAAAAUUCAAGAUAUCAACAGACCAAAGUACAGUUUUACCACAGUUCAGUCCGGGGAACCGGCAUGGUUUCAGAAGCAAAGAUAUCUAAAUCCUGAGCAUAGAGAAGAGUCCUCAAAUUUAUCAGAUGGGACAAAUGAAGGACCGAAUCCAGCCGCUCAGCAGCAGAACAUCGACCUAGCCACUCCCACAGCCAAUUGUUUCCCUUCCUCUGAACCCUGCUGUAAUGUCCAGACGUCCCUACCUGCCCCACUGGAAUCCCGGGGAUUGGUUCCUGGGGAUUCCUUUGGGGUCUCUGGGAGCCAAGUGUCAAGCACUAUAACCCUACAGGCCACAGAAACUGUGCAGGAAGAACAGAACCUCGAUGCUCCUCUGACUUCCAUGAAUCCCUUGCCAGAAGAGCCAAGUCCAGGACAGGAUUUCUCAGGUACCCAGGCUCCUUUCUGUUCUCAGCCUGAUACAGAGCAUGAGAAACAACAAUCUGAGGACCCAGAUUACACCGACAUAUCUUACAUUAUGCAAUGGUGGGACAAGGGCCGCCUGGAUCUCAUUGCAAAUUGGGACCCUCAGAAAGAGGCGUAG